CUCGAAAUUUAAAGGAGGCGGGAGCUGUGCAGGGGCCGCAGAGCCUGGGGCUGAAGAGGUCGCCUCUCGGAGGACGGGAGAAGGCUCGCGGCGGUGAAUUUAAGGGACACUGAGGAAAUGAUGAACGCAGUGAAGAGAGAGCUCUUGUGUGUGCUGCUGCUGUGUGGAGCUGUCUUCAGUUCACCCAGCCAGGAAAUCCACAGGCGACUCAGGAGAGGAGCCAGAUCGCACAGAGGUGGAGUGACCUGCAGAGACGAGAAAACACAGAUGACGUACCUGCAACAUGAGUCCUGGCUGCGGCCCCUGCUCAGGGGCAACAGGGUGGAGCACUGCUGGUGCAACGGUGGCCGGGCCCAGUGCCACUCGGUGCCCGUCAACAGUUGCAGCAAACCUCGGUGCUUCAACAGGGGGACAUGUUGGCAGGCCCUCUAUUCCUCAGAGUUUGUCUGCCAGUGCCCUGAAGGGUUCUUCGGGAAACGCUGUGAAAUAGAUGCCAGAGCCACAUGCUACAAGGACCGGGGCGUCACCUACAGAGGCACGUGGAGCACAGCGGAGAGCGGGGCCGAGUGCGUCAACUGGAACAGCAGCAGCCUGGCCACGAAGCCCUACAGUGGGCGCAGGCCUGAUGCCAUCAGGCUGGGCCUCGGGAAUCACAACUACUGCAGAAACCCAGACCGAGACUCAAAGCCCUGGUGCUACAUCUUCAAGGCAGGGAAGUACAUCUCCGAGUUCUGCAGCACGCCAGCCUGCGGCGAGGAAAAAGAUGGGGAGUGCUACCAGGGGAAAGGGCUGGCAUACCGCGGCACCCACAGCCUCACCACGUCUGGGGCCUCCUGCCUUCCGUGGAGUUCCAUGAUCCUGAUGGGCAAGAUUUACACCGCCUGGAAGAGCAAUGCACAGGCCCUGGGCCUGGGCAAGCACAAUCACUGCCGGAACCCAGAUGGGGACGCCCAGCCUUGGUGCCACGUGCUGAAGGAUCGCCAGCUGACGUGGGAGUAUUGCGACGUGCCCCAGUGUGUCACCUGUGGCCUCAGACAGUACAAGCAGCCCCAGCUGCGCAUCAAAGGAGGCCUCUUCGCAGACAUCACCUCCCACCCGUGGCAGGCCGCCAUCUUCGCCAGGAACAGGAGGUCCCCAGGGGAGCGGUUUCUGUGUGGGGGGAUCCUGAUCAGCUCCUGUUGGGUGCUGUCGGCCGCCCACUGCUUCCAGGAAAGGUAUCCUCCCAACCAUCUCAAGGUGGUCCUGGGCAGGACGUACCGGCUGGUCCCUGGAAAGGAGGAGCAGACGUUUGAAGUAGAAAAAUACAUCGUCCAUAAGGAAUUCGAUGAUGACACUUACAACAAUGACAUAGCGCUGCUGCAGCUGAAAUCGGACUCACCGACCUGCGCCGUGGAGAGCGACACCGUCCGCACCGUCUGCCUCCCGGACGCCGGCCUGCAGCUGCCCGACUGGACAGAGUGUGAGCUGUCUGGCUACGGGAAGCACGAGGCCUCUUCUCCAUUCUUUUCCGAGCGCCUGAAGGAGGCCCAUGUCAGGUUGUACCCAUCCAGCCGCUGCACUUCCCAGUAUUUGUUUAACAGGACUGUCACCAAAAACAUGCUGUGUGCCGGAGACACACGAAGCGGUGGGGACCAAGCAAACCUGCAUGACGCCUGCCAGGGUGACUCGGGCGGCCCCCUGGUGUGUAUGAAGGACAACCACAUGACCUUGGUCGGCAUCAUCAGCUGGGGCCUCGGCUGUGGCCAGAAGGGCAUUCCGGGCGUGUACACCAAGGUUACUAAUUACCUGGACUGGGUUCGGGACAACACACGACCAUGACCAGGGGCACCGGUUCCCUGCAUCACGGAGACCCUGCUUCCUUCACCUCCCAGGAUGCACUGCGGCGGGGGCGAGUUCUUCACGCAGCACAAGCGGGGGAGGAUGGAUUUCCAUAGGUACUUUCCGUUUUGGAAGUGUUCAGGGCUUCAGGUCUGAAACGUACUCUGUCAGACGGGAAGAGGGGUACACGCCAGCCCCUCCUGGAAUCCCAGUCCCCAGGGCAGAAGCCCACCUCCUCUGUCCACGCGAGCAGCUUUAGAAACGGGACCGCAAAGGUGAAAGCGUGUGUCAGUAGGCAAAGAUAACUCGAUCCUUCAAGAAGGAAGGGUUAGAAAUAUUCUAUUAGGAAUAGAAUGUCUAUUUCUAGUCACAAGGAAGCCCAGCAGGAGCCUCCUAAUAAGGGAUGGGCUGGCUGGCCACAUCAUGUUCCUCAAAUCCAGCCUUCAAAUCAAGGGUCGGGUUUUCCCUUUCUCCGGCUGUAGCUCUUGGAAGGAAUCCUGUUGUGUAGGGUGUAAUUUUUUUUCUUUAUAAAUUUCAUCAUAGGACAGGAGACAUGUAUCAUUUUAAUAACUAAUAAACUAGGCUCUAGCAUAUUUAUAUCAGUUCAUUUUUGUUUACACUCUGUUGGCACACCUGUAUGAUACUGUACUGGAAUAAUAAAUUGAUAUAUUUUUCACAUA